CGCCCUCGGUGCUCCAGGAGCCGCCCCGAGCCCCGGGCCGUGCUGCAGCGCCGCCGAGUGCGGCCUCGGGGGCGGCGGCCGCGGGAGCCACCGGAGACCUGCUCACCUUGGCGGGGCCGCGGCGCGGACGGCGAGACCCCGAGCAAACUUUGCGGCGGCUUCGGCCCGGGGGCUGGCGGGGCCGAGAGCUGGACGCGGCGACUGCGGCAGCGGGCCCCGUCCACUGGCAGCUCUCCCUGCCGGGAGCAAGUGCCUUGGGCCGGCUGUGCCGGGAGCCCCAGCUGCGAGCGGUGGGAGAGUAACAUCUUUUGGAGGCAAGAAGAAUUGGCUUCCUUUCCUGAGUGAUGUGGAUGUACAACAGCUAGCUGCCUCAGAACAAUAAUCAGAUGGCUAUCUUUGUGUUAGGAAACAAAAUCAGUUAUAAGAGUCCAUGUUGAUCUUGGAAUCAGAAGGAUUACAAAAGGUUAAGUUUUCACGAAGAACAAGGACUUCACCAUCUCCUUUUUGAUCUGAACGCUGGGGAACAAUGGAUAUCAUAGAGACAGCAAAACUUGAAGAACAUAUGGAAAAUCAGACCAACGACCCUGCCAACACAUACAUAAGACCUGCUGAACCUGCUGAAGAAGAAAGCAAAAAUGGCAACGGUAAACCCAAGAGCUUAUCCAAUGGGCUGCGGAAGGGUGCCAAGAAGUACCCAGACUAUAUCCAGAUUGCUAUGCCCACUGAGUCUAGGAACAAGUUUCCCCUGGAAUGGUGGAAAACGGGCAUUGCGUUUGUGUACGCACUCUUCAACCUUGUCCUGACCACCGUCAUGAUCACAGUCGUACACGAGAGGGUCCCUCCCAAGGAGCUCAGCCCUCCACUACCAGACAAGUUUUUUGAUUACAUUGAUCGGGUGAAAUGGGCAUUUUCUGUAUCAGAAAUAAAUGGGAUGAUAUUAGUUGGAUUAUGGAUCACCCAGUGGCUGUUUCUAAGAUACAAGUCCAUUGUGGGGCGCAGGUUCUUUUUUAUCAUUGGGACUUUGUACCUGUAUCGCUGUAUCACAAUGUACGUUACUACUCUCCCUGUGCCUGGAAUGCAUUUCCAAUGUGCUCCCAAGCUCAAUGGAGACUCUCAGGCAAAAAUACAGCGGAUUCUUCGGUUGAUCUCCGGUGGUGGUUUAUCCAUUACUGGAUCACAUAUUUUGUGUGGAGACUUCCUCUUCAGCGGCCACACAGUUGUGCUGACACUGACUUACUUGUUCAUCAAGGAAUAUUCACCUCGUCACUUCUGGUGGUAUCACUUACUGUGCUGGCUGCUGAGUGCUGCUGGCAUCAUCUGCAUCCUUGUAGCACACGAACACUAUACUGUUGAUGUGAUCAUCGCUUACUACAUCACUACUCGGCUGUUUUGGUGGUACCACUCCAUGGCCAAUGAAAAGAACUUGAAGGUCUCUUCCCAGACCAAUUUCUUAUCUCGAGCCUGGUGGUUCCCCAUCUUCUAUUUUUUUGAGAAAAAUGUCCAAGGCUCCAUUCCUUGCUGCUUCUCCUGGCCACUGUCGUGGCCGCCUGGCUGCUUCAAGUCAUCAUGCAAGAAGUAUUCACGGGUUCAGAAGACUGGAGAAGAGAAUGAGAAGUCGACCUGAGGACAACAGACAUCAGCCCUUGGAUACCAAAAGAGUGAACGCUGUAACCAAAGGUAUAGUUCUAAUAUUUUUAUUUCAGGAGAACUGACUGCUAAAUGAAGGAGUGGACCAAAUUCUGUGUACUCAAUUAGCAAGAUGAACGAAGUAUUACCCAUGGACUGGUUGUUGAUUAUAUAUUUUUUAAUUUAUCCCAAGAAAGACGCCUUCUCCUGCAGCACUUCAUUGGCUGGUGACAAAGCCUCAAACUGGGAUUUUGCUAGUGAGCUUGUUAAAGAGGUGCCAAAGAACUGAUUGCUCCUUUUCUUAUUCUUUUUCCACCAAACCUUCUACUUCAGAAUUUUUUCAUGAUUCUUUCUUCCCAAGGUCAGAAGAAAUGUAUUAAUGUUUUAAAUAAAAUAUCUGGAUUUAUACAGCCAA